AUGGAACAAAUUGGGAAACUAGUGCACUGGACAGCUGGCCGGGGAGCCGGCGGCGGCGGGGGCCGGGGGCGGCAUCCCGGUCACCUCAAGGGCCGCGACAUCGGGCUGUGGUACGCGCGGAAGCAGGGCCAGAAAAGCAAAGAAGCCGAGAGGCAGCAGAGAGCUGUGGUGCGUAUGGAUGAACGCAGGGAAGAACAGAUUGUACAGUUGCUGAAUACUGUCCAGAGUAGAAAUGAAAAAGAACAAGAAUCAGUGUCGUGGUGGUCUGGUGAGGAAGAAGGUCCAGAUGAACCUGUAAAAGAGAAACCAACUUUGGCGAAGACCUCUGUAAAGCAGAGACCUGUUUUGGAGAAAACAUUCCUAGAUCGAGAUUCAGAAUAUCUCUUUGAAGAACGUGGGCCAUAUACUGACUUCAAUGAGCAAUUUAGAGAAGAGUUAAGAAAGAAGCAGUUUGAUCCUAGAUAUAUUGAAAUGCAGAGAUUCCGAGAGAAACUUCCUUCAUAUGUAAUCAGAAGGGAACUUGUAACUGUGAUAAAUAAUAAUCAGGUGACUGUGAUAAGUGGUGAAACUGGUUGUGGAAAGACCACACAAGUUACUCAGUUCAUUCUGGAUGACUACAUAGAGAGAGGGAAAGGAUCUGCUUGCAGGAUUGUAUGUACCCAACCUAGGAGGAUCAGUGCUAUCUCAGUGGCAGAGAGAGUUGCAGCUGAAAGGGCAGAAGUGUGUGGUAAUGGCAAAAGCACAGGAUACCAAAUUCGUCUCCAGAGUCGGUUACCAAGGAAACAAGGUUCCAUUUUGUACUGUACAACAGGAAUUGUCCUACAGUGGCUCCAAUCAGACAAGCAAUUGUCCACUAUUAGUCAUGUUAUUCUUGAUGAAAUCCAUGAAAGAAAUCUUCAAUCAGAUGUCUUAAUGACUAUUAUUAAAGAUCUUCUAAAUGUUCGACCAGACCUGAAAGUAAUACUGAUGAGUGCUACUUUGAAUGCUGAGAAAUUUUCAGAAUAUUUUGAUGAUUGUCCCAUGAUCCAUAUACCAGGAUUCACUUUCCCUGUUGUGGAAUAUCUUUUGGAAGAUGUAAUUGAAAAGUUAAGGUAUACUCCAGAAAAUAAAGAUUGCAGGCCACGGUGGAAGAAGGGCUUUAUGCAAGGACACAUAAGCAGACCAGAAAAGGAAGAGAGAGAAGAAAUAUAUAGAGAACGAUGGCCAGAUUAUCUAAGGCAGCUGCGAGGAAGGUAUUCAGCAAGUACUAUAGAUGCAUUGGAAAUGAUGGAUGAUGACAAGAUUGAUCUUGACCUGAUAGCUGCACUGAUUAGACACAUUGUUUUAGAGGAAGAGGAUGGUGCAAUAUUGGUGUUUCUCCCAGGCUGGGACAAUAUUAGUACUUUACAUGAUCUCUUGAUGUCACAAGUCAUGUUUAAGUCAGAUAGGUUCAUUAUUAUACCUCUGCAUUCACUCAUGCCUACUGUUAACCAGACACAGGUUUUUAAAAAGACCCCUCCUGGAGUACGGAAAAUUAUAAUUGCUACCAAUAUUGCAGAGACUAGCAUUACCAUCGAUGAUGUGGUGUACGUAAUAGAUGGAGGCAAAAUAAAAGAGACUCACUUUGAUACACAGAACAACAUUAGCACAAUGGCAGCAGAAUGGGUUAGUAAAGCAAAUGCCAAACAAAGGAAAGGUCGAGCAGGAAGAGUCCAGCCGGGUCACUGUUAUCAUCUAUACAAUGGUUUACGUGCCAGUCUACUAGAUGAUUAUCAAUUGCCAGAAAUCUUGAGGACACCUUUGGAGGAACUUUGUUUACAAAUCAAGAUUCUAAAGCUUGGUGGAAUUGCUUCUUUUCUGAGUAGGCUAAUGGAUCCACCAUCUCGUGAAGCUGUGAUGUUGUCCAUAAAUCAUCUAAAGGAACUGAAUGCUUUGGAUAGACAAGAAGAACUGACUCCACUAGGUGUCCACUUGGCACGAUUGCCAGUUGAGCCACAUAUUGGAAAAAUGAUCCUCUUUGGAGCUUUAUUCUGUUGCUUAGAUCCAGUACUCACAAUUGCAGCCAGCCUCAGCUUCAAGGACCCCUUUGUUAUUCCACUGGGCAAAGAGAAAGUAGCAGAUGCAAGAAGAAAAGAAUUAUCAAAGAAUACUAAAAGCGACCAUCUAACAGUUGUGAAUGCUUUUGCAGGCUGGGAGGAGGUCCGGCGACGUGGUUUCAGAAGUGAAAAGGAUUAUUGCUGGGAGUAUUUUCUUUCUUCAAAUACACUUCAGAUGCUGCUUAACAUGAAAGGCCAGUUUGCUGAACAUCUCCUUGCGGCUGGAUUUGUGAGUAGUAGAAACCCCCGAGAUCCCAAAUCUAAUACCAACUCAGAUAAUGAGAAGUUACUCAAAGCAGUCAUCUGUGCUGGCUUAUAUCCAAAAGUAGCAAAGAUCCGUGCAAGCUUUAGCAAAAAGAGAAAAAUGGUGAAAGUUUGCACCAAGACAGAUGGAACAGUUAACAUUCAUCCUAAAUCUGUUAAUGUGGAAGAGACAGAAUUCCAUUAUAACUGGCUCGUGUAUCAUUUGAAGAUGAGAACCAGCAGUAUUUACCUGUAUGAUUGCACAGAAGUCUCUCCAUAUUGUCUUUUGUUCUUUGGAGGAGAUAUUUCCAUCCAGAAGGAUAAAGAUCAGGAUACCAUAGCAGUGGAUGAGUGGAUUGUCUUUGAGUCUCCAGCAAGGAUAGGAAAUCUAGUUAAGGAUUUAAGAAGAGAAUUGGAUGACCUUCUAAAAGAAAAAAUUGAAAGCCCACACCCUGUGGACUGGAAUGACACUAAAUCCAGGGACACUGCAGUGCUGACAGCCAUUAUAGACCUAAUUACAACACAAGAGAAUGAAAAUCCUAGAAACUAUGCCCCUCGAUUUCAGAAUGAACGCUACAGUUGACAUUUUGUUGGUGUUUGAGAAGAUGACACAAGUUUUUCUUUUACAUUGUAGCUUUUUGUCUAGCUAGAUGAAAGACUUUUUAGGGCAGCUCAAUAAUUUCACUCAUAUUGAAGAGCAAUUAAUUUCAGUAGUUUAUAAUGGCGGUAUGUGCAUGGCAUCCAGUGUUUAAUGUAGCUUUUAAAAUAUGACAGUGUAAUGCUGUUGGCAUCCAUUAGUGUAUGUGGUUUAUUUUGUCCCUGGCAUGUGCUUAGCUUCUCUAGAACCGUAACUCUUUCAAGGAAAAGGUGGGUAAAAUUCAAAAUGCACUGCUAAAAUAUUGUAGUUUUAUAUUACAUAAUUUGUCACAUGUUCCUGCUAUCCGUGCAAAAGUCCAAAUUAGCUUUUUGGGGGGAACAGUAAUCAGGUCUAGUAGUUGUCCAAAGGAGUUCAAAGCAAGCAGUAUUUCUCAUUCAAAAACAUAUUCAUAUUUAAACAUAUACUACACCAAAUUUCUAGACAAAGCAACUUUUGCUUUUGUACCCAGUGAUCAAUAUUGACUAAAAUUUCACAAGAAGACAUUAAUUCAUGCUAGACAAAAAUAAUGUGAGGAUUAAGAUGUGCAGAAUUAGUUAUGUUCUAAAUUUUCAUUUAGAAAAUGGAGUAAAUGUAAGGUAUACAACAUUUUGCAUUAAACAUUUUUGUUAAAACUACACUUGUUCUAUUACUAAUUCUACUUAGAACUCUUUUUGUGAAUCCUCCCUAAAUAUACAUGCACAUCUUAAGUGAUGGCACAUUUGCCUUAUUUGGGAUUUAGCGUAUCUCACAUUGGUUUAGGGAUUACUUUGAAGAAACUGACCUAAAAUAGUGUAAUUGUCUUCAGUCUCCAUUCAUUUUUAAAAAAUGCAAAUCCUACACAACCUAGUGGGAUGUAAGAAUCUGAAUUAACUUUAACAUGACAGAUAUCUAGCUUUUUGCAUGGUUGUCAUCAGCAAACAAAUCUAACAUAUUGUAAACUUUAUUCUUUCAUUUGCACUAUAUUCAAAAAGUGCCCAUAUCAAGUUUUGGGUGCUCUGGCAUCCAUUUAAAAAUAUGCAUUUACAACAGUUAGCUCACCACAAUACUUCAGCACAAUAGAUACUCAAGAGAGACUUUCAAAAAUGGAAAAAAAACAGUGUCCACGUCCACGCCUCAACCUCAUAAAUCACCCUGCUGCUGGUUGAAGUGUUCCCUGAAUGUUGAAACACUGGGGCUACAGACCAAGGGAAGGCGGGAACUGCAAAGAAUGCCCUGCCAGCCUUCUUCUUUCAUAUCGCUUGGUGCUCCUCCUCAAGUGCCUCUCCCUGCAGACUUGUGAUGGUGAUUAAAAUUUCAAGGAAAAGAGUGGCAGUCAGAAGUUUUCUACUCAUCUAACCAUUAGAAAAAUGCAGCAUUACAAUUGUAAGUUACAGAUCCAGAUGAAAUAAGCAUACAUGUUCCCUCCCAGCUUGGAUAUCCACUAAAUCCUACUUUUAAGAGUAGCAGGAAUUGCUUUGUUUUUUGGGAUAACAUGGGUACACUGUAGAUUCGUCUGGCCACUGUUUUUUUUUUUUUCAUCCUUCAUGCACAGUGGCAUUUGGUUUUCAGCUCAGUGGUCCUUAUGUUUAGAAAAAAAAAUCUUCAGUUCCUGGCCAGCUGGAAGCUUGUUAAAAAGCUAAUACAUUCAUUGCAAGGUUUAAGGAGCAGCAUGGUAUUUUUCUGAAUAUCUUCCUCUACUCAGUCUCCAAACACAUUAAUUGUACAGUGUGUAAAUUCAGUAUUUAUGAUCAAAUGCACAAAUCCUAUUUUUCCCCAUUAACUACGUUUACUUAUUACUUCCCCCCAUUAAAUGCUUAUACAUUUACUUAAAGUAAUUCUGCAAGCAGUUGUAGGUUGGUCCACUAGCUUAGCUAAGAAUGUAAGAUGCAGCUGUUUCAAGAGUCAGCUCUGAAUUUUACUUAUUUGUGUUUCAAAUAAAAAAGACCAAAAAACCCCACCUGCUUAUGAAGACUUGUGUGUAGAACUAUUUCUAUAUCUGAAUUACUAUGUUCCCUUACAUUUGAUUUACAUUAAAAUUGUCUCUUCAUUUUACUUGGUGCGGUAUACAUUUUAAUGUAUUGUACAGUUAAUCAGUUAUUCACUGAGACAGUGAACACACUGCCAUAAACACACUUUAAAAUUUUAAA